AUGUCUAGGUAUCGUCUGUAUCCUGAGGUUCUUUUUCCAGUGCCAUAUUUAGAUUGCCUCGCUGCUGCCAAGCACUUCCUAUCUCCAGCAGUUCUGGAGAAGUAUUUGAUUGACCCUGAUCGUGUAGCUGUGGCAGGAGAUAGCGCCGGAGGGAAUCUGGCAGCUGCAGUAGCUCAGGCGAUUUCUGUUGACGAGAGCAUGGCUGUAAAAUUCAGUGUCCAAGCUUUGAUCUACCCAGCGCUGCAGGCUCUGGAUUUCAACACGCCUUCCUACAUGCAGAACCAACACAUGCCCAUUCUCCGCCGGCACACCAUGGUGCAGUUCUGGCUUCAGUACCUGGGCGCUGACCUCUCUCUGCUUCCGCAGCUCAUAGUGAACAACCACAGCACGUCCCAACACUCAGGCAUCCCUCCUGAGCUGAGAUCAAGGAUAGACUGGAGUGCCCUCCUUCCUCAGAAGUUCAAGAAAAACUACAAGCCCAUCAUGGUGGAGAAAGGAUCACAAGAGAUUCUGAAGAAGGUGCCAGGGUUUCUGGAUGUGCGGGCGGCACCUCUUUUAGCUGGUCCAGAGGUGUUGGCUAAAUGUCCACGUGCAUACAUCCUAACAUGUGAGUUUGAUGUACUGAGGGAUGAUGGGCUGAUGUAUGCUCAGCGCCUACAGGAUGCAGGACUUUCAGUCACUAAUGAGCAUUAUGAGGAGGGCUUUCAUGGAUCUUUCAGUUUCAUAUUCUGGCCAACAGACUUUGCUGUUGGAAAGAAAUCAGUCAGGGCUUAUAUUAACUGGCUGCAGAAAAACUUGUAAGGGUUUGUGCUAAGAACUGGGUGCAUGUUGGAACUUAUCCUCAACACAUGAAACGUUGAUGUAUAAAAUAACACAUCCUCCAAUACAUUCAUAAAAAACGUUCAGUCUGAGCUCAGGGGCUUAUGUACUCGGACUCCCACCCUCAGCACACGCCAUCUCAACUUUGCCCAAUGUUUAGAAUUUACGAAAGUCUCGCCACAAUUAAUGAAUUUUAAAAGACAUUAAAAUUAAAAUGGCUGCACAGUGGC